UCACCUUCUACUUCUUCACCUUACCAAGCUAUUCUCUACCUCUACCUACGCAAGACUCACUAUCAAACACAAUUACGAGAGAACCUUGUAUCCAUGGAGCCAAAAUCUGAUUAUACCCACGAUAUACGCGCAUCCCAGCUUAAUAUCUACCGUACACAGCCAGAAGAUGACUUCACCAACCUCCUAACCGACAUCUUUUCCCUCGCCACAAGCUUCACAAAAUGCUAUUCAGGCACGCGGUCUCCAGAAGCCCUCCGCCAAAUCAUGUCCCCCGUGCUCGACCACAUCAACCGCAUCAUCACCUGCCCCGACCCAACCAUCAAGAUCUGGGCCGCCCUCCUCGCCAACCUCGCCAGCCGCCACAGAGCCAUGUUCGAACACCUCCCCCUCUUCACCAGCCCACGGGCCCCAGAUGAUCCCAUUUCCCAGACGGCGACAGGUCUGCCGGACUAGAAGUCCCACCCCGUCCUCCCUCUCGGCAUGCAUCUAGCCCGCCCGCUCUUCCUGCUCCUCAAAACCGCAGUAACCCCCCGCAACCCGAGAAUCCAUCGCCGCCCCAAGACCGUCCUGACGCUCGACGAGUUCCUCAGCGUCGACAGCUGUCUCUGGGACCUCGCCUUCGACACCAUCCGCCGCAACCUCGGGUCCCAUGUCGUUGACAAUCUCGACCUCUCCCUCGUCCAGGACGCCCUCCGUCUCGGUCUCUUCUUGGACCAGUUCCCCCUCGCCGGCCAGCAACAAAUCAAACCCCGCGAGAACGACACGCUCUUUGCUCUUCUCCCGCGGCUCCUGAGCUACCGCCUGCCGCGGCUGCGUGGUCUCCCCACCGAUACCAGCCUUAGCAGCAGCAACGGCAGCAGCAACGGCAGCAGCAACGGCAGUAGUAGCGGUAGCAGUAGCGGUAGCGGUAGCGGUAGUGAUGACAGCAGCAGCAGCAGCAGUGGCCGCAGCCGCAACAACCGCAACCCGUUCGACCCUGUGCUUGAAAAACGCUUCAAGGCCCAGCUUAAGCGGCGGCGGAGCAAGAGAAAAACAAGCCUUCGCCCUGCUACGACAUGAUCAUGGACAUAACUUGAUGAACGCCAAUCCCCUUGUCUUUUAUCCAACGCUAAAACAACAUCCAUACCAUGGGGCAAGAGUCAGACCCAUUCGCAGUUUGUUCCGACCAGUUUGUUCCAACUCGGAUAUCGCUUAUCUAAACUGAUGAGGAGCGACAGCCUCGUAUCGGCAGGUUGGGGAUAUGGAUGCGUCGAUGGAGAUAUUUCGGUUUAUUGAACACUUUGUUGUUGCCGUCGUUGGUCAACUUGCCGAAAAUAAUGCGUCUAAGCUGCGAAAUUCGGGAGGAAAACGUAUGAUGCCUGAACGUCGCGGCAUAUAGGCCAGAUGCAGUCAGCUAUAGAGACAGAGAACAGCCGUUGACGACACGGGCGUGGACUGCAGUAGCUUCAAAAUGUAACAUCAAACCUCUUUCA